GUGCAUUUGAGUGCAGUGAGACUCUGAACAGUAAAAACAAUUAAUACUACACAGGAUUCACACGAUCCAUGCCAGGUUUCGCGCAACAAAAUGGUCGCAACGGAAAUUAGAACAAAGGCUCAGAAAGGAGGCAAAGAUGGUAGGAGCGUUGUUUGUGCAUUUUGCAAGAAAUCGUUCAAAUUCCACUCUACGCUUCGGCAGCAUGAGAAAAUUCAUUACGGAAUUAAGCAGCAUGAAUGUGAAAUAUGCCACCGGCUGUUUCUACACAAAGGCACUUUGACGUGCCACCUUCGUUUGCAUACAGGCGAAACUCCGUAUAAAUGUCCGCACUGUCCCAAGGCGUUCCGUGGGCAAACUGCAUUGAACUGCCACGUCUUUCGACACACAAAAGAAGGAGUAAAAUGUCCCCAGUGUUCAAUGAUUUUCGCUACCAGUUCCAUUGUAAAGCAGCACUUGAAGCAAGUGCACACGGAGGAAAGAUCACACAUUUGUAAUGUGUGCGGCAUGGCAUACAAACAUCUGAAAAGUUUGAGGAUACAUCUCCGUAACCAUCAGAAGCGAGUAUGUCCAGACUGUGGGAACUGCUUCGAUAGUGUCUAUGCGAUGCUUAAGCACCGAAAACGGCACAUCGAGGAAAGUCUCCCAUUCAAGUGUAGUUUCUGCUAUCGUGCUUUUGAAAGGGAGUGCGAUCUGGAAGCACAUGGAAGACUACGUGGUCGACAGUUUCAGUGCGAUAUAUGCUGCCAUAGUUUUAACAAGCAGAUUUAUCUAGAGAAUCACAACCGUCGCAUUCAUUGGAAGGCUUUAGGACUGGAGCGUCUCAAAGUUGCUGAGCCCAAAAAUGGAUGGAACCGCAAAGGUGUCCCAAAACCAAAAGGUCGUAAACGGUUGUCCGCAUUCGAGGAUGAUGCAAGAUUGCAUCCGAAAGAUUCAUGCAACGAAGUCAAUGGAAUAGAAGAAACCCAAACAGAAGACACAAAAAUUAAAUUCUCUAUCAGUGCAAAUGAUAAAACAUUAGAAUAUACGGCAGAAGACCAGCAACCGCUAGUACUACAGUGCACUGUUGUAGAGUGUACAAAAAAUACACUCGAAGAAGGGGACGAACUUACCGAGCUCAUUCUGAUUGAAGAAAAGGAUCUGGGUGAUCUUGAAUUCAGUCUGGUAGAUCAUACAACUGUCGCUUCUGAAAUUGUUGAUAAUCCAUUAGAUAUGGAAAUAGAAACCAUAAAACAAGUAAAGCAUGGAGAAAAGGAAUCCGAUUUGGUUUGCCCUUUUUGUGGCAUACUUUGCAAUGGCGAUGCAGCUCUUAAGCAUCAUAAAUGUGCAGCAAAACGGACAUCCAAUAUCAACACAGAAUCCUUGAUAUGCGAAUUGUGUGGUAAUUGGUAUGCGUCUGCGGCUACACUUGCCAUCCAUCGUACGAAUCAACACAACAGGCAACGAUUUAAGUGUGAUCAGUGUGAUCGCACGUUUGGCUUCCGAUGCUAUUUGGAAAAGCAUGUUAGCACCCAUCACCAAAAUAAGCGUAUAGCUUGCGAGUUGUGUGACAAAUCAUUCAAAUAUGCGCAGGAUUUGAAGGUGCACAUGCGACAUCAUAACGAUUCGAAACCAUUCAAGUGUGAUAAAUGUCCAUCAGCUUUUCGUUUCCCAAGUGCCCUCAGAUGUCACCGGAUUCUGCAUGAGGAAGAUUUACCCUUUGGGUGUGAUAUUUGCGGAAAGAAGUUUCGCUUUAACAACAGUUUACGGGUACAUAAGCGCCUGCACAUUGGUAAAAAAGAGUUCAAGUGUGAUGUAUGUGAACGAGAGUUUUCCACCAAAGCACCAUUGUUGCGCCAUAUGAAGGUGCACAGCAACGGCAAACAGCUUUGUUGUACUAUUUGUGGGAGUGUGUUUUACAAAAAGGUUGACUUGGCAAUUCAUGAAUCAAAAGAACAUCCAAAGCACGAUUUGCUGGGAAAAGGAAACAUCAUCCAUAAGUGCGAACAGUGUGGGAAGGAGUUUAUCAAGAAGAGUAAUUUAAAGGCACAUUCGUACAUACAUGAAGAAGUGUACCGAUUCCCAUGCCAAAUGUGUAACCAAAGCUUUAAGCAGUACGCUGGAUUGAGAACCCAUCGAAUCAACGUCCAUAAGCAGCUGAAAGGAGUGGAAACGAGUUGAUGGAUUUCAC